GCGGCCCUUCCGGGCGGAGGCGCCUGGCCGGGGUCCGAGGUGCGGCGCGUCCGGCAGACGAGGACGACGACUGACCGGCGGGGCCGUGGCCACCAUGGCGUCCGGCAGGGUCCGCGGGCCGACUCCGCGCUGGGGACUGGCCCUCGGCGGCGCCGCGCUGUUCCUGCUGCUGCUCCCGGCGGCCGCCGCGCAGGGUUGUUCUCAGAACACAAACAGAACCUGUGAAGAGUGCCUGAAGAACGUCUCGUGUCUUUGGUGCAACACUGACAAGGCGUGCUUGGACUACCCGGUGACCAAAAUCCUGCCGCCCAGCUCUCUCUGCAAGCUGAGCUCUGCGCGCUGGGGCGUGUGCUGGGUGAACUUCGAGGCCCUGACCAUCGCCCUGUCAGCGCUUGGGGGCGCCCUGCUCCUGGGCGUGGCCUGCUGCUGCGGCUGCUGCUGCUGCGGGAGGAGGCGGAGCCGGCGGCCCGACAAGAAUGAGGAGAGGGCUGCUCGGGAGCGAGAGGAGCGCCGGGUCCGCCAGGAGGAGCGGAGAGCAGAGAUGAAGUCAAGACAUGAUGAAAUCAGAAGGAAAUAUGGUUUGUUUAGAGAAGAAAACCCUUAUGCUAGAUUCGAGAACAACUGAGAUGCACUUCGUGGCACGGCGAGCGGUCUCCACGCCUUUCCUCGGGCUGUGGGUCAGCAGGGACCCGCUGCCCCGUCCACCUCUGACCCUGGGGAGGGAAGAUGCCCUCCAGGCCCAGGCCUGGGAGCUUCUGUUCCCUCUUCUCUGAUUUCUGUAUUUAGUCACUUAAGACUUUAAGACUGUCAGGGCUUUUCUGUUGUUCGUUUGGGGAGGAAACUGCACAUCCCAGGCCUCUGCUCCGUCUGCGAGCCAGUGCAGACCGUCUCCCUGCGUCCGCGCCCGCGCAGGAAGUGGGCCGUCUGCAGUCCGUCUUGGGGCCACCCCCAGCCCCUGUCAUUUCCCCAGAAAAGCACAGGCGACUUGCCGUUGACAUCGGGGUACAGGACGCAGUCGGACGAGGGUCUGCUCUCUGACCUUUUGACCGAACAGCGUUGA